CCGUUUUUUUCUCUUGUUCCCUCCAAAGAUUCAUUACCACUUGCACAGAGACCAAAAUCCAGGAAACAGAACCGCCGAUGGAGGAGAGGAAGAAGAGAAGCUCUGAUGGACGUGAUAAUGUCGACGACAGGCCUAACAAGACUCCUCACUCGGAAACAACACCCGACCUCAUUCCUUCAAACACCACUUGUUAUUUCCAGAUACUGGGGACUGGAAUGGACACCCAUGAUACAUUACCUUCGGUGUUGCUUUUCUUUGACAAUUUAAGAUUUAUCUUUAAUGCAGGAGAGGGUUUACAACGGUUUUGCACAGAGCAAAAGAUCUCAUUGUCUCAGAUACAUUACAUAUUUCUCUCUCGUGUAUGCUCUGAGACUACAGGUGGUCUUCCAGGUGUGCUUUUGACUUUGGAUGGUGUUAGAUGUUUUGUAAGUGUACGGGGUCCAUCAAAUCUGAAGUAUUUAGUCGACACAAUGAGGUCUUUCAUCUCAAAUGGUGCUUUGGUAGACAUAGAGAGCUUUGAAUCCUCACUUAGCUCCAUUGAUCUUAAACAUGUUAAAGAUGUGAAAAUAUCAUCUAUUGUUUUACAACCAACUCCUGGUGAUAUGUCUGUAGUAUAUGUCUGUGAGUUGCCUGAAAUCAAGGGGAGAUUCAACAAAGCAAAAGCCCUGGCUUUGGGUGUUCGACCUGGGCCAAAGUAUAGUCAACUUGUUCAAGGACAAUCAGUAAAGUCAGAUCACCAAGAUAUCAUGGUUCAUCCAAGUGAUGUAAUGGACUCGUCUCUUCCCGGUCCCAUUGUACUCCUUGUAGAUUGCCCCAAUGAGUCUCAUUUGCAACAGUUGUUGUCCACAGAUCAUCUCAAUAAUUAUUUCACAGACUUCUCGGGUUCACCUGGGAGUUCUAAGGUGGUCAAUUGUAUUAUCCAUUUGAGUCCCGCAUCUGUAGUUAGCAGCCUGAAGUACCAGAAUUGGAUGAAGAGUUUUGGUUCAGCACAGCAUAUAAUGGCUGGACAUGAAAGAAAGAAUAUGAAAAUUCCAAUUUUCCAAUCAAGUGCAAGAAUGAUUACCAGGCUUAAUUAUUUAUGUCCCCAGUUCUUUCCAUCUCCAGAAUCAACCUCCAUUAUUUCAAAUGAGGAUUCAGAUCUAAAGCUUUGUGAAAGCAUUGCUGCUGAAAAUCUUCAGAAGUUUGUUUUGAGACCUCAUAGUAAGCACGGAUUGGAUAAAUCUUGUGUACCAAGUUUGUUGGUGCCCACAGAAAUCAUUGAUGAAUUACAUUCCGAAAUUCCAGAUAUCACCUUUGCAGCCCAAAAUGUCAGACAGUUGUGGCAUACGUCCACUGAAUCAACAGGAGAAAUAAGCUCUGUUAAAGAUGUUAAGUUUAGCGUUAAAGGGCCGUGGUUGGAUGACGAUACUCUUCCUAGUUGUUUGGAAAAUAUAGGAAGAGAGGACAUGGAGAUUGUCUUUCUUGGGACUGGAUCAUCUCAGCCAUCGAAAUAUCGGAAUGUCAGCUCUAUCCAUAUCAAUCUUUUCUCAAAAGGGGGUUUGCUUUUAGAUUGUGGUGAAGGAACCCUGGGACAGCUUAAACGAAGUUAUGGUGUAGACAAAGCCGAUGAUGUCAUGAGAGGACUGAGGUGCAUUUGGAUUUCCCACAUGCAUGCUGAUCACUAUGCAGGCUUGGCAAGAAUACUUGUCUUUAGACGCGAAUUGUUAAAAGAAGAUCCUUACGAACCAGCACUUGUUAUAGGACCGAAAAAACUCAAGAGAUAUUUAGAUGCAUACCAAAGACUUGAAGAUUUAGACAUGGUGUUUCUUGACUGUCAGCACACCACAAAAGAUUCACUUAAUGGGAAAAUCGACUCAGUUGACAAUGUCACAGAAAUAAAGAGCUUAAAGAAAAUUCUCAGUGAUGCUGGUUUGGAGGCCUUGAUUAGUUUUCCUGUUGUUCAUUCCACACAGGCAUUCGGUGUGGUGUUGAAGGCAGCUGAGAGAGCUAAUAGCAUUGGAAAAUCUAUCCCGGGAUGGAAGAUGGUGUAUUCUGGCGACACUAGGCCAUGUGAAGCUUCGAUAGAAGCAUCUCGUGAUGCAACUAUUCUUAUACAUGAGGCAACAUUUGAGGAUGGAAUGGUUGGGGAUGCUGUGGAUAAAGACCACAGCACAAUAGAGGAAGCCAUAGGAGUGGGGAACUCUGCUGGUGCAUAUAGAAUGAUUCUCACACAUUUCAGCCAAAGAUAUUCGAAAAUCUCAGUAUUUGAUUCGACACAAAUGCACAACUCGUGUAUUGCAUUUGACAUGAUGAGUGUCAACGUAGCAGAUUUGCCUGUGCUGCCGAAAGUAGUUCCAUAUCUGAAGAUGCUGUUUCGAAACGAAAUGGCUUUGGAGCAGUCGUAAUCGGAUGAUGGUACAUGGUAGUUCUGUUUCUUUCUUCAUCUCAUUAUAGAGUUUUAUUUAUUUAUUUAUUAUUUGUUGAGUUAAUAUUAUUUUGGACUAGUAUUUUUUAAAAAUUAAUAAUUGGAUCCUCUGUAUUUUUUUAAAAUAGUACAAAUAGGAUCAUGAGCUCAAUUUUUAAUAAUUUUUUCUUUUAAUAUAACCAAUUUGAAGACAAUUCCUAACA